GGCUUUGUGCGGAACGACGCGGAGAUGUUUGGGCGGACGAGCUAGCCUCGGUAUCCUUAAAUCUACAUCCUCCAGCAUCCAUACAGAUACACGGGUGUCUAUGUGAAAGAGGGGACGUGAAAAACUUAUGAACAAGUGCAUUUGAGAGGCCAGGAGGCAGGGAGCCAUGCAGAGCCCGAUCCAGUCCAACAGCAGGCCAAACCCUGUGACCACAGCAACCAGAGAGCAACCACUGGACACCAACACUGAAACUCAGCCAGCACAGAGUGAACCAGAUGCACAAGAAGAAGAGAAUAAAUCAGCUGCUCCUGCCGGGACUGAAACAGUUGUCACGCCACAGGAAAAUGGGACAGGGGUGCAAGCAGCAGAAACACCUGCAAAUGUGGUAGUCACAAAAGCGGUGGAGAAUGAGCCCGCUGUUCAGCCACUGACAGAGCCAUCAGUUAACACUGCAGGGAUGGAGACGGACUGUGCUUCGAAGCCAAGUGCCCCAACAGAACCGGUACCUGACACAAAUACAAAUCCUGGGUGUGACAAGCAAAAGGCAAAGAAACAGGACAAAGGUGUACGUGAUGGGAGGAAAUACGUUCCUUCCAAGAAGGCCAUGAUAGAUCCUCUGAAGAUGGACAUGUCCAAACCACUAGUUAUGCCUCUCACAUCAUCUCAGCUCUCCCUACAGUGCAUGGAUUGUCACAUUAUCUUCAGUGAUCACAAGAGCAAAGAGCGUCACCUGAAGCUGAGCCACCCAGCAGAAUAUGAGCAGUGCAUACUGAGGAAUGCUCUUUUUGCCUGUUACGUUUGUGACCGCCACUUCACAAACUCCACAGAGCUCAUGGUGCAUCAGAAAGCCCACACAGAGAGGAAACCCUUCAAGUGUCCAAUCUGUGGCCAGGCCUUCAACAAGUCUUCAGAGCUCACCCAUCACAAAAAAAUUCAUUUUGGCCAGGAUGGUUAUGCGUGCACUGACUGUGGGAAACCUUGCAAAACGAUGACACUGCUGAAGUAUCACCGCCGCACACACACUGGAGAGAGGCCGUAUGUCUGCAAGGAGUGUGGAAAGAGGUUCACCAUGUCCAAAGCUCUGCAGAAACACAUGGUGUCACACUUACCAGAGGGAGCUAAAGUUGAUGGGGAAGACACCACAGCUAAAGCACAACUGAAGAAAGAUGAUGGUGCUCCUACAAUAAAGUACCCUUGUUCUGUAUGCAAGGCCACUUUCAAGAGUACCAAGACACGGCUACAUCACAUGAAAACUAAGCACAAUCUGUUGCCUGCUGCAGCUGGUAAGGCUCUCCCAGCUGGACAUCAGGGGAAACAAAGCACACCCAUCAUAACUCCAAUAUCUAUUUGCCAGCCAGCACUAUUACAGGUGGAGCCAAAUGGACCUCUGCAAAAAGUCGAUGCCAAUAUUGACACAGAGCAGAUUCGCAGACUUAUUGAAUCCUUGGGGAAUGUGCAGAAAGUAAACCAAGUUGUCAUAUUGGGGCAGGUGCCACCUCACGCCCCACCUCUUGAAGUACAGCAGAUACCACCUCCAGCAGAAACUGUGAAUUUGAAUCCACCACAGAUAGAUUUUAUAGGGCUGAAACAGACAGAGUCUAAGACAGUUGAAUUGAACUCUUUAAACAACCAAUGUGAUUCAAUGGAGCAAACAAUUAUACUGGAACCUAUCACACCAGAUGGACAGCUGGAAAACCCCUCUUUCUCAGAGCUAGGUUCCCACAUGGCAGCAGGUGAAAAUAUAGAGCUAACACUCGUUCAGACUGAACAUACAGAAAGACCUGAGGGACAGGUGAUGCAUCAGAUCCUUCAACAGCAGGGCAUUAGUGCAAUUCAGUCUGAUCCUAUGGAUCAGAUGGUUUGUCAGAAUGGGGUUGAGCAAAACCUUGAGCAAACAGUCAUACUAGAACUUAUACCAACGGAGGAACUAGAACAAUCCCAAACAAUGCCCCAAAAUGAAUUCCCAUCUUCCUCUCUUGUACCAAUCACUGACCUGGAGAAGACUACAGAUCAGACCGUAUUAGAUGAGCAGGAGGCCAGCCUGUCAGCCCCACCACAUGUGACCACAGUUGAGUUGGAGCUGACACCUUUACAAACAGAGCAACAGGGCCUUCCUGCUUGCCCUUUUGUUCCACCAGAUACACUUACACAAACUCCAAGUGAAUCUGAAAGUAAUCUCAACAGAGAGGUUGAUUCACAGGUGCAAACAGUGAGUCAAGAUCAGGGCAACCUUGUGGAUCAUGCUGCACCACAAGGGACACAGGAAAAAGCCCAACAAGAACCAUCUGAGAAAUUGCUGGUACAUGGCAAGCAAGGUCGGGAGCAGGUGGAGAACCUGUCUGAAGUAGAUGAUCCACCUGCUAAAGAAGAGGUUCCAUCACACUUGGAGACCAAGCAGGUGCCACAGAUAUCAGAGUUACCUGUAAAUGUAAUGUCAGCUCAAGAACUGGUGAAAGUGCGGAAAAGAAAGCCAGCCAGGGCAUUUAUCUUUCAAGGAUAUAUGCAAGAACUGGUUGGAUCCCUAGACAAGGAUGAUUAUCAAAUUGAUGCCAUACCUGCCAAACGGCAAAGAAGGAAAAAGUCCCACCUUGUUGUUAAAUUUGGUCCGCAAAGCAAAGAUAAGAAAAACAAAAAACAGAAGAAGCCAUCACAGCAGUGUCAGCCAAUGCAGGAAGAGGUGAUAAGAGGUAAAAAAACAACACAUCUCUCAGAGAAAAAGGUACCAUCACAAAAGAAAGGAAGAAAGGGGAAAAGGGACAAGAAAGAGGAGCAUUUGGUAUCUACUGCUGAAAGUAAAUCGCCUUCAUCAAACCAGGAUCCACCAGUGCAACAAAUCAAAGAGGAUACCAGAAAAAAUAAAAUGAAAAAGCAAAAAGAAGUGGCCAAAAAGGGUGUGAUGCACAUAAGUGAGCAAGAAACUGUAGCCUCACCUGUAUUUAAAAAGAAAAAACAAGCAAAAAUAAUGCAAAAAAAUCAGCCCAAGAAUGCAAAGGUUGGGAAGCAGAAGAAAAACUUGGCAAAACAGGAAAAGGUCAGUACAAAAACAAGCGUAGCUUCAGCGGACACACCUGGUCCACAUGUCACGCAAGAUGCUCUACUUCUACUGAAAGGUCAUAAACAGCCUCAACUGAAAGUUUACAAGUUAGACCCUUCAAAAACAUCAGGCCAGACAAAGGAGGCUUCGCCGCAGGAGGCCCAAAAAAGGUCCAAACAAGGCAAAGACAACAAACCCAAACAUUCUACAAGUGAAUCUACAAAAAGUCUCACAGCGAAAGGUGCAAAAAAAGGUGGAAGACCCAAAAAGACCCAGAAAGCUCUUUCGCUGUUGUCUUCGCUUCAGGUUUCCCAUCAAGCACCUGAGAUGCUGCAAACCAAGCCAAAGACCACCAGGAAACGUAAAGCCUCCUCAAAAGUGGAAACUGAAGGAGUAAUAACUUCUCAUUCCAAGCGUGCCUUAGAGUGUAAGGACUGUGGGGAGAGAUUUAGCGAAGUCUCAUCCCUUCAGAAACACAAGACGACGGUGCAUAUCAUAGAGAGUCCCGGUCUCACUUACACUAAUGGGAAUAUCUUUGAAGGUGUCUCCAGGUUGGAUCUUUACCAGCUCCCAAAACAGCACGAUAAGGUUGUUGGGAUGAUAAAUGCUGCUGCAGACUGGGAUACAGAGCCUGAGAUGGCAGAGAUGGCAUUAGAGGACAGAGAGCGAAGUGUCUCUUUCCCAGCUUUGAUUCCAUCCCCAUCUUUACCUGUUCCUCCUUCAGAUGUUGAAGUGAGUGCCUAUGAAAAUAAGGCUGGAAGUAAAACACAAACUGAUGAUCAAUAUCAUACCUCUUCAGAAGUUUACUCAGCAUCUAAUAAAAUGCAAACCAGUGAGACCCCUCCAGACUUUACAUCUGAACCUCCUUUAAAUACCCCUACUCAGACAAAGAGUUUGGAGACAGGAGAGCCUUUGGCAUCAGAUGAAGACAAGAAAGAAGAAGGUUCCCUGAGGAUUCCCAGCUCAGAAUCUGAAGUCCAGGGUACCACAGAUGAAGACAUUAAGGAUGAUUUACUUCUCGAGGUAGAUUUAGUUACUGUUGGGGAGCAGACUGAGAAAGAUGAACCAACCUCUCCCGAAGACACUGUUCCCCAAAAUGAAUCAAAUGAAACCUGCAAUUCUGAGAGUGGAAGCAAUGACAAACUUCCUGUGCAAGUUAGUGAUGGAACAGCAACUGGGAAAAAUUUAACUUUGCAGACUGUGUCAUGCUCCACUCACCACGUGGAGAUCAAAGAAGAGGAGGAAGAAAUGUUAGUGCAGAAGAAAAAAGAAGGUGGGAAAGGAGCUGUUUUCAGGAAUACUACUAGGGGCAGGAGAAAAGGAAUAGGACGUCUAAAACGGGAUGCAAUAUCAAAGAGAGUUUCCGGUGGAGAUACGAUCAGAGAAACAGAAUCAGAGAAAGAACAAGAUGAAUGUCAGGUAGUUUAUGAAAAACGUCCAAUUAGCUCCGAUUCAGAAAUGAAUGAUGCAGGCAAGGCAGGCGCAAAGACUUCACAACCAGAGACUAGUCCUGAGGCCAACAAAGCUACUGCUCCUGCCACAUCUUUGCCUUCCAUGCGCUCUACAUUAGAGGAAUCUCCUGAAGAGCAAGUUUCAUUUGAGCUGGAGUCGGUUCCCACUAGCGCUGAGGAGGUAAGAGGACAGCAGGGAGGAGAGGAACACGACAGGGAGUCUGACCGGUCUCCGGGCAUCAUAUUUGAGAAGUUCCUCACCUCUACACAGAGAGAGACUGCUGACAUGGAACGGUGCCUGAUGACAGCGAGUAACAAUCAAAGACAGGGUUUGGGCAGCUUUGCUGAGAACGUAGCCCUUGGGCGCCAAGAAAUCAAGGUUGAAGACAGUAACUUAGAUCCAGGACUGGUUGCACCCACAUGUCCAAACAGACAGAGCGCAUGUGUUCAGCCACAGCACCAUCGUGAUAUAAGGACUGUUCUGGUAAAGGAGGAGAGCAGUCUCGUGCUGAAUGAGGCCCAGGCUACAGAGGACAGUGGACACAUCCGAUGGAAUGUGGAGCCAGUCAGCAAUGAAAACACCUCCAGCCCAUUAAUGGAGAGUGGAGAGACGGCGAGCGACUGUCGCAUCACCCCUGAAUUCAAUACCAACCAGUGCAUCUUCUACCCAGUGAAGGAGGAGGAGAGGGAAGUUCUGCUGGGAGCUGCUCAGGCCAACAGUGGGAAUUUAACAACGGGGGCGUCCAGCGAUGCCCAGCAGACAGAACAUCAAGCAACAGGUAGUCAUUUAAAGAGCCAUUCUGCACCAGACUACCAGGACAUGAGAGUGAGGGGACUAUUGUCAGAACCAGGGGUCAGUGACUUUGCAGAUGGACAAGCUGAAGCAGACACUGAGUGGCAGCAUCCAACAGACCUCCGGGACUUUCUCCUCCAGAGUUCUGAUGAAGAGGACGUUGGUGGUUUUGAAUUGCCUGACCCUCCGCUUGACUCAGAAGCAGAAGUAAUGGCUUAUUUCUACAAGAACCAGAAAAACAGCCCUCGGCAGCCAGAUGAAAUGUCACAAAGUUUGCAAACGUCAGGGAGCCAGCUCCAAGCACCAGCAGAGGAAAAAAAGACCAGAGAGCCCAUUGACUACUUCUCCAAGUAUUUUGGUUGGGAUACCUGGGGAGAAAUUGCCAAUUGCACAAACAAACUGUCCAACAUGUCCGAACCUGUCACAGCCAGAGAGGUUGCACAGUUUGUUGGGAUCCACAUUGCCAUGGGAACUUUAAAGUUUCCCAGUCCAAAGCUGUAUUGGGAGGAGUUGACUAAGGUGCCCUUGAUUGCUGAAGCCAUGCCACUUUCACGUUUCCUCGAGCUGUCUCGCAUGUUGAAGCUUGCCACUGCGAAGGAUCCAGACAAUGAUAAUACUCAGGAAGGAAGACAAGGUAGUGACUGUCAAAGUGCACAGCAAGGUAAAACUGUCUUAAGCAGACAAAGUGAAAUUUGUCAGCGUAGUGACGGGCAGAGGGAAAGGGACACGCCAUAUGACCCGAACAGUUCAAGGACACAGAUUGAUCCCCUGUGGAAGGCUCGGCCAUUAUUGUGCCGCUUCAAAGCAGGGUGCCAGUCACUGAAGCGAGAGGGUGAUUAUGCAGUUGACCAGUAUCCACUCCCUUUGACUGGAAAGAUGCACAAUAAGAAAGUGUCUCUUUACUGUACUACAUUAAUUGGAUUUGGCGGUCUGCUCCUACAUGUGGAUCUGAAGGUGGGUCUGUCCAGCAAAGAGGAUGCCGUAGAAAAAAUGGUCCCUAAAGGUAGCAUGGUGUUUCUUUGCAGACAGGAGCUCUCCACACCUGCUAUGCUAGAGCGUCUCUUAGUAGCUGGGGUUCAUGGUGCAGGAAGGGUCGGAGGAGCCCGAGGACAGAUUGGAGAUGAGUUUGUAAGCUCAGACGGGAAGCUGAUGUUACGCAGAUCACACUGUGGCUUCAUACUUUCUACCGCAGGCAAUAGCCAGAGGAACAUGGUGUCACUCAUUGACAACUUUGAGAAGGCCCAGAUGUCCGCUCAACUCAACAGAGACUUGCAGAAUCUUUACUCUAUCCCUCUCACUGCCUCAGCUCCAACCUGCUGGCCUCAAGCGGUGCUCUGGUACCUAACAGAUCUGGCUUUGGUCAACUCCUGGCUCCUGUACAGACAGGACCACAGGGCAGCAUCUGCACCUUUGACUCUCAUGGCCUUCAGAUUGGAGGUGUCCAAGGCUUUGAUUCUCUCUAGUGGCUCUGACACCCAGGACUCAGUUCCCCCUCAACCCCCCAUGGAGAAGGGUCAUGCAGCAAAUGAAACCCCCAAUCCCAGCCUGGUGGAGGAGAGUCCUCUGCCGGAUGCAGCCACGCGGUACGAUGGUUCAGGCCACUGGCCAGAGCAGCUUGGGGAGGGAGAAGGCGGCAGAUGUCGCUUUGGGGACUGUCAGAGAACAUCUCGAGUGCUAUGCCUUAAGUGCUGUGUCUUUCUUUGUAUCUCACGCCACCACAACUGCUUCUUGAAUUUUCAUAAUCAAGGGAGUUUGGGAAAAGAGUAGUGUCCUCUACAGAACUGACCCUUUUAUUUUUCACAACUUUGCCCUCUGAUUUAGAAUGUACUUGUGCUUUUGGUGUACGAAAACCCAGCUAAUCAAAAACGGUAUUAAAUCCUGUCCUCACAACUUUUCCAUGAUGCCUUUUACUGGCAGUGGCAUUCUUUUGAAGGAUUUUUUGUGCUGCAAUGUAAAAAUCAAAUGCUGUGUGGUGUGGCUUAUUAUGUUAUUGAGCAAGUGUAAAAAUGUAUUUGCCUUCAGAAGGAAAUGUAAAAAAUAUUCAUAGCCAUAAACUUUGUUCUGCAAAAGAAGGGCAAAAUAUUUUUCCUCAUGCAGUUACCAUGACUUUUUUUACUAUUUAUUUUAACCUGACCGAGUUUACAUUCCAUCAUGAGCUUGUUUUUGGCUCAUUGAAUUUAAACAUUAUUUAUUUGAAUUUCAGAAAAGAAUAAAAGACAG